CUUGGACAUGCACAAAUGAUUGCAUCAAGUUGAGCACAAGUUGAAGGAAACUUCACAGCAAACAAACAUAUUUCUCUUUCAGCUUCAAACAAAGACUGAUAUACACUUUCAUCCAUGACUUCCUUUUUGAGAGCCGACAGCAGCCAUAAACGGACGAGCAGGCCUUUCCCUUCGAGAUCUCGUAGCAGGCCUUUCUCUUCGAGAUCUCGUAGCAGGCCUUUCUCUUCGAGAUAUCGUAGUGAUACUCGAAAUGCCAUUCAUUUUCAAGAACAAUUUUUCAGGGAUGAAGAAAUAAAAAGUGAGCAAGAAGUUAUGAGAAAAACACCAUUAAAAAUAUACGAAGUUUUCCUAAGUUUCAGAGGCGAGGACACUCGUUCUUCCUUCAUUUCGCAUCUCUAUGCUUCUCUUCAAAACGCCGGAAUCAAUGUUUUCAAGGAUGAUGACUCGCUUAAAAGAGGAAAUGACAUUUCAGCUUCAUUACUGCGAGCAAUUGAAGGAUCUCAAAUUGCUCUGAUAGUUUUUUCGACAAACUAUGCGAAUUCGCAAUGGUGUCUGGAUGAGUUGGUGAAGAUAAUGGAGUGUCACGGAACACUGAGUCAGGUGGUGGUGCUGCCGGUUUUCUAUGAUGUAGAUCCUUCUGAUGUUCGUCACCAAACUGGUGAGUUUGGAAAGGCAUUUCAUAGUCUUUUGAAGAGGAUUUCAAAAAAGGAAGGACUCUAUAGAAAGGUUGCAAAUGCCUUUAAAAAUGUUGUGAGCUGUUUGUUAAAGAGUAAAGACGAGUCUCCUAGUCGAGUUCAGAGAUGGAAAGAAGCCCUUGGUCAAGCAGCCGGACUUGCAGGGUUUGUAGUUCUAAAUUCCAGGAAUCAAAGUGAGGUUAUCAAGGAAAUUGUUGAAAAAACUACACUUUUGCUAGACAAGACAGACAUGUUUGUUGCCAAUCAUCCCGUGGGAGUUGAACCUCGGGUGCAUGAUAUGAUUCAACUGUUAGACAUCCAACCGUCCAUCCAACAAUCAAGUGAUGUUCUAGUAAUAGGCAUGUGGGGUAUGGGAGGAAUGGGAAAAACCACCAUUGCAAAAGCCAUUUAUAAUAAAAUUGGCCGUUGUUUUGAAGGUAGGAGCUUCCUUGCAAAUAUUAGGGAAGUUUGGGAACAAAAUGUUGGACAAGUGUCUUUACAAGAACAAAUUCUCUUUGAUAUCUAUAAAGAAACAACAACAGGGAUACAAAACAUUGACCAAGGAAAACGUAUAUUAAAGGAUAAACUUUGCCAUAAAAGAGUAUUUCUCGUACUUGAUGAUGUGAAUACAUUGGAUCAAUUGAAUGCUUUAUGUGGAGAUCGGCAAUGGUUUGGUUCAGGUAGUAGAAUAAUUAUCACAACUAGAAAUAUGGAUUUACUUAAAGGGAAUAGAGUGGAUAAAUUUUACAAUAUGCAAGAAAUGGAUGAAAGAGAAUCAAUUGAGCUUUUCAGUUGGCACUCGUUCAAGCAAGUGAAACCUAAAGAAGUUUUUAUUGAAAUUUCCAAAAAUGUUGUUGAGUAUGCUGGGAGAUUGCCACUAGCUUUAGAAGUUCUUGGGUCGUAUUUGUAUGGUAGGGAGGUAAAAGAGUGGGAGUGUGUAUUGGAAAAACUCAAAACAAUCCCAAAUGAUCAAAUUCAGAAGAAGUUAAGAAUAAGUUACGAUGGUUUGGAGGAUGACACUCAGAAGGAUAUAUUUCUUGAUAUAGCUUGUUUCUUUAUUGGCAUGGACCGAAAUGAUGUUAUACAUAUAUUAAAUGAAUGUGAACUUUAUCCAGAAAAUGGAAUAAAUAUCCUUGUGGCGCGAAGUCUUGUGACAGUUGAUGAUACAAACAAACUUAGAAUGCAUGAUUUGCUGCGAGAUAUGGGAAGAGAAAUCACCCGUGAAAAUUCACCCAAAAAUCCAGAAAAGCAUAGCAGGUUGUGGUUUAAUAAAGAUGUUCUUGAGGUAUUAUCAAAACGAACUGGAACAAAUGUUGAAGGACUUGCUUUGAUGUUGCCAAGAGCUAGUACAAAAUGUUUUAGUACUAAGGCAUUUGAGAAAAUGACCAGACUCAGAUUGCUUCAACUUGAUGGAGUAAAACUUAAUGAUGACUUUGAAUAUCUUUCAAAAAAUUUGAGAUGGCUUUCUUGGAAUGGUUUUCCUUUAACAUCUAUACCUACAAGCUUUUAUCUAAGAAAUUUAGUUUCUAUUGAGUUAGAAAACAGCAAAAUCAAAUAUCUGUGGAAUGACAAACAAACCCAGAGUCUAGAGAAACUAAAAAUUCUCAAUCUUAGUCAUUCUCAUUAUCUCGCAAAGACUCCCGACUUUUCAAAGUUACCUAAUCUUGAACAAUUAAUACUCAUUGAUUGUCCAAGGUUGUCUGAAGUUUCCGAUACUUUUGAAUAUAAUAAAAAGGUUCUUCUGAUAAAUUUGGAAGAUUGUAUCAGCCUUCAAAGUCUUCCAAGAAGUCUCUAUAAACUGAAAUCUCUAAAAACUCUCAUCAUUUCUGGAUGUUCAAAGAUUGACAAGUUGGAGGAGGAUUUGGAACAGUUGGAAUCAUUAACCACCCUCAUUGCAAAUAACACUGCAAUAACAAAAGUACCAUUUUCGUUAGAAAAGUUACAAAAAAUUGGAUAUAUUUCUUUGUGCGGCUAUGAAGGAUUCCCAAGUGAUGUGUUUCCAUCUAUCAUCAAGUCUUGGACAUCACCAAGAAAUAAUCUCUCAUCCAUUGUGCCUCUCAAUGCACCUCGUAGUAGUUCCCUCGAGUUAUCAUCAAUGUUUGAGUACCUUCCACAAUGUCAAUGUCUAUGGGUGAAAUGUGAUUCAAAAGUUGAUCUUUCUCGAAGCGCAAAAAUAAUUUUAAAUGCUUUAUCUGUCACAGAUUCUGAAGAAAUGGAACAAGUUCACAUUUCAGGUUCAGAAACUUCCUUCAAACCUCGGUUUUUUCAAACUGGAGUGAAUUGCCAAGUAACAGAAAGUCUAAAAGAGGAAAUUUUACAGGGUAAGGGCGGGAGUCAUCCAUACUGCUUUAACUUCAACUGUGAUGGUUCUUCUGUGAAAUUUGAAGUUCCUAUAGUGUUAGGGCGUAACUUGAACACAAUUAUGUGUGUUGUCUAUCCUUCAACCCCGGAUAACAUAACAUCAGAUGACCCUAUUAAAAGUGUGUUGGUGAUAAAUUACACAAAGGCCACCUUUAUGCUUUUUAAGACCGAGGCAUUAGCAUCAUUUGAAGAUGAGGAGUUGCAGAGUGCAAUAUCAAGUAUUCAAAUUGGUAAUAAAGUGGAAUUUGUUGUUGUUUCUGAGAGCAAUUUCGUUGUAAAGAGUACAAGAAUUUAUCUCAUAUAUGAUGGACCAAUUCACAAAGAACUUGGUUUCAUUAAAUUUUCUUUGAUCACUUGA